CGCUAGUGUGUCAUUAAGAAAUUUCCGAUAAUUAUUAAGUUCCAAAAUAAACACGCGAUUCGGUAUACAUGCUGUCUAACCACGAAUUAUUAUAUUGGAUUUGUAAUCAAAUGAAACGUAAAAAAUGACUGAACAGGAUUUAAAUAAAAUACUUAACGAUUUGCGUGUAUCGAAGAGAAGUGGUGAAUUGGAUAACCAUGAAAAGUUUAUUAAUCAACGUGAUAAGUGGAGGAAUACGAUAGAUUACAAUGUGUUGGAAACAUGUGUUAAACAUUGCAACGAAGAUGUUAGGCUGGAUGCCUUAGCCCUUCUCGUUGAAUCCAAGAAGAGUACCUUAAAAUUUACAAAUGCCGAAUUGGAUAUUAUAUUUUUGUUUUUAAUGUAUAAUCUUGGUGAAAAGUUUAUAUAUGUACCUUAUAUUAAAAAGGCUUUAAAAAGAAUAAAGGAUAGUUUAAAUGUUAUGAAGAGAACGAUAUCGCAAGAAUUUAAAUUGAAACUUUUGAAUCCUUCUGUAACGAUAGAUAAUUCUGAAGCUUCGUCUAAGGCUGCUCAUGAAAUAGCAAUGUAUAAUGGAUUCUUUUUAAAUUUACGAGAUUUAUGCGUCAACAAUCUUUAUCCCGAUGCUACGUAUUCCCGUAGAAAAAAUUGUUUGCAAAUACUUUGCAUAAUGUUAGAAUUUUUAGAUCAAGAAUUUCGCGAUAUUACAUGGAAUUCGAAACAAGCGGAAAAAAUCUUUAUGUGUUUGUUAUUAGACACGUAUGAAACUAACAAAGAAAUGGCCUUUAGAAUAUUGAAAUCUAUCGGUCCAAUAACCUUGGGUUUGGAUGUAGAAAAUCGUAUUUGUGAAAUAAUCAAUGUUGCUACUGAUUUGGGUAAUAGCAUUAGACCAAUAGAUAGUAUAACUGCAGCAUAUAUGUUUAAAGUAUGUAUGUUGUCGCCUUUGUUACAACAAGUGCUUAGCAAACAUUAUAAUAUAAAUGAUUUUCCUGAUGAAAUCGCAGAAUCUCAUAUUUUGCAAUUAAUAUUAUUUCUAAUUAGAAAAUUAGAGGUGUCUUUGAUGGCAGCUAAGGAAAAUAUAGUAAUGGCAGUUACUAAAUAUUCUCUUUAUGGAUAUCUCUUUUGUUUGAGAAGUUUAUUAUCCGAUUGUAAUUUGAGUAUUGUAGGUGGAGAAAAAUUAUGGCAAGAAACCAUUUCUAAGCUUAUAUCAAUGUGCUUUGAAUUGAACAAAGCUGUUUCAAUAAUAGUGAACAGUUCAUCUCCCGAAGGACACUUGCCAAUGGAUUUAAAUCCAAAUAAUAUAAAUGGUUUAUUUUUUAAUCCAGAUAAAGAGAUAGUAACACCACAAAUGAUACUACUUUGUUCGUGGCGUACGGUAAAAGAGAUCAGCUUAUUGUUCGGUCAUUUGGCAAUUAAAUCAACUAUAUCCAAUCAUAAUUUGCCAGGAGAAUUGUUGACCGAAAAUCAAAUUAUCCAAAUAGGAGAACAUCUAGUCACUCUUCUUAGCGAAACUAAACACCGUGGUGCGUUUGAACAAGCAUACGUCGGUUUUAAUCAAUUAUGCACUCGUCUUUGGCGUAUGGAAAAUACUAAUUUAAAUCAAGUACCUAAACAUUGGUUACAUCAAAUUUUAUUAGCAAUAACUGGAUUGUUACCUGGUAAUUUUAAAAUAUGUGCGACUAGGAGAAGCGCAGGUGUACCUUUUAUGGUGCAAGCACUCGUUUCUUCUGAACCUCUGAUUCAAUAUAAUGCAAAUAAUUCGGCAUUGCAUUCCGUAAUGAAAAUAUUGUUAGGAUUCACCGAACUGGAAGAUAAUGUAAAUAUUUGGACAGAUAUAAAACGUGUUGUUUAUGACAAAACUAUUUUUUCGGAAUUCGAAAAUCUUAUCGACUUAUCGAGAACGGAUAUAAACGAAAGUUUAGCCGAAGAUAAUAAAAUACAAGUUACCGAAAUUAAAACCCACGCUUUAAAUAUAUUGAGAGCAUUAUUCAGACAUUCUCCAUUGGGUGAUUUGGUUAAAACAUUUAUCGCCGAUGGUCUAAUAGCGGCGUUUAAAAAUUACGAUGGCAAAUCUUGGGCGGAACGAAAUGCAGCAACUCUUUUGUUCAGUGCACUGAUCAUUAGAAUUUUCGGUGUGCAAAGAACGAAAGAUCAUAUCAAUUUAACCACUGAUAAUAAAAUGACGUGUAAAAUAUUUUUCGAAAGAUAUCCCAGUCUCCUACCAUUCAUGUUGGACGAAUUACAAACUUUCGUAUCUAUCAACGAGAGUUUAAUUAAACCAAACAUACAAUCGAUUCUAUUAUUAUUGUCACGAUUGUAUCUCAGUUAUAAUCAAGAUGAAGGAGAUUUUAAUUGGAAGAUUGACGAAUUCAUUCAUUUAGUUUCUCAAUGUGCGAAGUCACCUGUCUGCAAAACUCGCGAAUUAGCAGCCAGAGCCCUCGUACCACUGAUGACAGAAACAUAUGCUACUGAUAUUAUUAGAAAAUUGUUUGAAAUAGUAGCUUCUGGACAAGUUAAUCAUUUAUCAUUAAAUGCUAUGCAUGGACACAUGUUACAGAUCCUAGAAAUGAUAAAAAGGAUAAAAACUAUAAAAGAAAAGUUAACACCUUUGGAGCUUAGUUCAUUUUUCGAAGGUACAAUAUGGAUUUUAAGGAACUUAGAAAUAAACAGCAACGGCCCUGUUUGCUUUCCAUUAGCAACCGCUUAUUUAGAUACGCUUCAUGAAUUACUCAAAGCGGAUUAUAAGAUGAUUAUAGAUUCAAUUUUAUUGAAUAUAUCCAGUACAUUAAAACGACACGUUUUAGAACACAAUAUCCUAAAGCAAGCACCUAGUCAAGAAAUCUAUAAAGUUUCAGCUGUUAAGUUAAUUGUUUUUAUAGGACAACAUUACAUGCUUAAUAUUACAGCUAGAAUACAUCUACAUAUAUUAAGCGUACCUGAACCCGAAUUGCAAACAAUUGCUUGGACUACGAUAAUCGAAGUUAUAAAUGGUGCUACUUGCCCACAUGAAAAAAGAUUAUUAAAUGAUCGUGCAAUCGACGUAGCUUGUAAUUCUUUGGCCUAUCUACCUAAAUAUAAUCCUGAAUUGCAGGAUGCAAUUUUUGAUUUUCUUUAUGCGAGCCUAAUGUUUAUGGAUAAAUCAUCGACCACGGAGGAUCUUUACGACAAACAAGAAAUUUGUAAUCUAGUCUUGAACAAAAUGAGAAUUGAUACUAAAAAAAGUACUUAUUGCGAAAGGAGCAGUUAUUUGAGAUUACUUGGCAAAUCUUAUUGCACGUUGCAUUGUGAGUUAAAGGACGAUACAAUUUCGAUAAAAUGUACAGAAGAUGUGUAUAGUUAUUUCUGUCAGAAUUUGUGGAUCAGUAGUUUAGAAGUUGAUUUUCGAAGAUCCGUUUUUGAAAUAAUGUAUGAACUUUAUUAUACAAAUACGGACGCUUGUCGACAAUAUUUGCCGUUGUUGCAAUGGUGGACAACGGUGCUGCAAUUACUAGUUGAUGAUAACGUUGAAGUAAGAAGAGAUGCAUCUCGGCUAGUUUGUAAAAUAGAAUCUAAUGGUUCAUUGGAGUGUGUUACUUCGAUGAUUCAAAUAUUUUUCGAACAAUUCUGUGACAUCGUUGGUACUAAUUAUCCAAGCGUUGCAGCGGUUGCAUUAUUUUGUUGGGGCAUUUCGUUGUGUGGAGAGAUGAAUUAUGAAAUGGACGAGACCGAUGUAUUCAACAAGUGUAAAAAUUACGACUGCUACGAGCCAGUGCAAUUGUCAAAUACGUGCGUGGAAUACAUAAAAACGAUAACCAAACGCAUUUCCCUCGACAGUCCAUUACCGAUAGAUGCGUUGCGUUGGUUGACCUCUCACCUAAACUUGGAUCUAACGAAAGCAACGAGUUUUCGAAAACUCAUAUCUUCCUAUGGGGAUUGUGUUCCUACUAUAGAAAAAAAACUACAGGAUAUCUUGGAUCCAACGUAUAAGGAUAAAUUACUUCAAAUUUUAGCAUACGAAAAAUACGCUUCUUUACAUUCCCAAGAAUGUUAGUUGAUUAUAGAAAAAAAAUCUAAUGUGGCAUAUAUUAUAUAUAUAUGUAUGUAUAUAUAUAAGUAAAAAGUGCAUUAGAUAUGCUAUUACGAUAGUUGCCGGAUAUAAAUGAUGAAUAAAGGAUAAUUUUCCAAAGAA